AUGGGCAGGCUCAUUGAGAUGCCCGCAGCGCUGGGGCGCUGGAGCCGAGCUUACAGCAAGUCCCACGCCUUCAGGGAGGUCCUACAGCUGCCAAAAAUGGAACUGACGAAGCUCGUGUUCCCGUUACAGGAACUCCAGCGGCAUCUCCACCCUGACGCCAGAUCCGACCUUCAUCUGAGGGUCUUUGACCCGAGCCUGGAGGACAUCGCGAGGGCGGAGGGCUUCUUCACGGCCACCCCUCGGAACCGCAUCGAGUACCUGAGCUCGGCUGUGCGUCUGGACCACGCCCCCGGCCUCCCCCGCCCGGAGGUGUGUUUCAUAGGCAGAAGCAAUGUUGGAAAAUCCUCCCUAAUAAAGGCUUUGUUUUCAUUGGCUCCAGAGGUUGAAGUCAGAGUCUCCAAAACCCCGGGGCACACAAAGAAAAUGAAUUUUUUCAAAGUUGGAAAAUAUUUUACAUUGGUGGACAUGCCAGGUUAUGGCUAUCGAGCACCUGAAGAUUUUGUUGAUAUGGUAGAGACCUAUCUAAAAGAACGAAAGAAUUUGCUGAGAACGUUUUUGUUAGUGGAUAGUGUUGCUGGAAUUCAGAAAGCAGACAAUAUUGCCAUAGAAAUGUGUGAAGAGUUUGCCUUGCCUUAUGUAAUGGUGUUAACAAAAAUUGACAAAUCUUCCACGGGACAUCUUUUAAAACAAGUGCUUGAGAUCCAGAAAUUUGUUGCCACUAAAACACAAGGAUGUUUUCCUCAGUUGUUUCCUGUAAGUGCUGUGACCUAUUCUGGAAUCCAUCUAUUGAGAUGUUUUAUAGCAACUAUAACAGGAAAUCUUAAGACUAAUUAA